AUGCUUACCCUGCUGAGCGAGUGUCAUUUUUGGACAACUCGUGAGGACAUACGUAUUAAAAAUACCGAUUUCGGUUGUUUACGUUAUACCCGCCAGCGGGAACUACAACAAUUACCAGCCAAUGAUUUGUAUGCCGAGGCAAAAAGGGAUUAUAUUGAGAGGCGGAAUGGAGUGGCCGUCUUGAAAAGUUCACGCAAAGCCAUUGGUCGCCUGAAAGAUAAUCUUAAACGUUUAGAAGAACUUUUACGUACCCAACAUAAAGUCGUCCAUAUUCAUUGGCCCGAAGAUUCGCAUGUACUGCUGUUGUUUGCCAAUGGCAUAAUCGCACAUAUAUGUAUUGAUGCAUUUACCGGUGACAUAUCCCGUAUGGUGUAUGAGAAAUAUUUAGUUGGUAAAUUGGCAGCUGAAACAAUUACAGAUGCAUUUUUUACGCAUUCCCACAUUGUAUUGGCCUACAAUACCAAUCAGGUGACAGUUAUACAUCUACAAAAACCCAAUACACGAACACAAGGUCCUGAGAAAAUAUCCAAUAUGGAACCAAAAAUAUUUCAUGCCAUUAUACCGGGUACAGCGGAACGAAAGUUAGCUCGACGCAUUAGUGUGAACACCAGCCACAAUAUGUUUGUUAUAUGGACAAAAUCAUCACAAAAUGAAGUGUUUCCUUGGCGGCCAACAAUACGAGAUCAGGAUCGUGCCAAUAUACAUGUGUUUAAAUUAAAGGGAAAUCAAUUGGAUUUCUUUGCCUAUUGUUGGUCCGAAAAUGAUCCUUUGUGUGUGGAUUUUUUACGUUCCACCGAUAAUCAAAUAUUAACAUUGGAACAAAAAAUCUCCCGCAAGGGCGAAAUUUCCGCUGAAGUCUGUAGCUAUGAAAUAGUUGUGGGUAAAAUGCAAAGAACCCCAUUGUCCUCCAUUGCGGUGGGUACUCAAAUAACAUGUUUUGCAUUUAGUCCAGAUCAGGAAAAACUAUUUUUGGGUAGUGCAGAUCGUAAUAUUUGCCUACACGACUUGGUAUUGCAAACAACCAAAUGUGUUACACAAAUUGAUAUUGUCCCCAUACAAUGUUCUUGGCAUAGUGAUUCCAGUCUAAUUGUUAUUGCCAACACCAGAUCACAGUUUCAGUGUUUUGAUUUGGCCCUUACACCUGUUGGCAAUCAACUGCAAAGUGAAGAUGUAACACCCUCGAAUUUAUUAGAUUUAUCACAUUAUUUUUCCGCCCAACCAACCCUGCUGCAAAUAUCAUUUAGUCGUAAACCAGAAUUGCAUCACUAUUCUCAUCCAUACGCAGCCACAGAUUGUUUUCUGUUACUGCUAUACGAUCAGGGUCCUAUUGGCUGCUUGAGAUUCUUUGCCGGAGCUGGUAUGCGUGGUGAUAUUCAUAAUUCUGGCCUAACCGCCGAUGUCAUAUUGGAUAAAUAUUUGGCCUUAAAUCAACUGGAAAAGGCUGUUAACCUUCUAAAUGCUUUAAAUUGGGAAACCUAUGGAGCAGUAUGUCUAAUAUCUUUGCAUAAAAUUGCCAAUCAUGUUUUCUAUCGUGGGGAUCAAAAGAAAAUACGUAUUGAACUUAUGAACAAGGCAUUGAAAACAUUUUCCGAUUCCCUUACCGAAGAAACAAAAGAUGAAUUCAGUGAUCAAGUUUUUGAUUUGAAGAGAAGGUUUUUCUUUUUUCUUCUAAGACAAAAUCUCUUUGCUGAAGCCUUCGAAGUGGCCCAAGACAUUGAAGACUAUGAUCUAUUUAUGGAUCUCUUUAAUGUUACAAAAAGUGAUCCAAAUCUUGUGGAAUUUUCUGCAGCAUGUUUUAGUCAAGCGGCAGCCAUACUUCACGAGGAAGAUAUGGUCAAUGGUAAUGUGAGUGCAAGUGAUUUUCGUUCAGAAUCGGUGUGUUCACAAUCAACUGGUUCGGACACCACCAAUUGUCGUAACAAAUUACCACCCACCACCCAGCAACAAUAUCAAAAAUUCCUUAAAGAUUAUGUGCCACCUUUGCCCUCCUUUAAAUCGAAAGUUUUUAAUGCUGAAAUGAUCAAAAUAAAUAUGCCAAAAUCAGAUGUCCACAAUAUGGAUUCUCAUCAUAUAGUACAACAGCAACAACAUCAGGAAAGGACAAGACCGCCACCUCCACCAAUACCGGAUAAAAAACAAACUAUAUUAAAUCCUACUACAUUGUCUGCGGCAAAAACGGCAGCUUUAAGUAGUAAUUUAGCCAAUCUCAGCAUGAAAAGUGCAAGAAAUUCCAUUCACAAUAAUAAUACAAUGAAUAUGCAUAGUUCCUCCAUAACACCGCAGUGGUCUGAUUUGGGGAUUUCAUUAAAAAAUCCAAAUCCAGCUACCAAAUCAGCAUUUACACCACUCUAUAAUACAAAUAACAACAAUGGUGGUUUGAUGAUCAACGGUGGUCUAAAUAACAACAAUGUAAAUUUACAUACACCCCACAUACCGCCAACAUCACCUGCUCCACAUGGUUAUUUUCAAACAACAAGUGAGUCCUUAAACAACAACAACCACAACCAUCUAAUGGGUCAUCAACAACGUUAUCAAAUGUCAUCGUCGUCGACAACAGCAGCAACAACAACGCCAUCCACAGUAUUACCCAUUGCACCAAUUGCCAUGUAUCAACCGAAAUUUUUUCAACAUCCUCUGGUAUCUGGCACUAUACCAUCAUCAGCGUCGACUAGUGCGGCGGGUACAUCUCUGGCAGCCCAUAGCAUAUCCAAUGAAGAAUAUCAAAAAGUGUUAUUAAGUAAAAAACCCACCGCUUCAAUACUUUCGAAUGGUUCGACAACUCAAAAUGGUAGUAACACCUCGGUAUUGAGUGGCAUAAGCGGCGCACAAAAUGGCAAUGCCAAAGAUAGUGGUGGGGGUAAAUCAUCAAAUGGUGAAAAAAAUAAAGUGAAAUUUUCCGAUACCGUGCAAGUGGCAGUUGUCCCGGAAAUACCACGACGAGAUAAAUCCCUGAUGGCCAAACGUAAUGGUUAUGCCCGCCCACCACCAAGAAAUUUUACCAAUCCAAAAAAGGAAUUACAAGAUAGUUUACCAUUAUGCCAUCCGAAUGAUGAUUAUCUUAAAGAUUUUAAUCCAUUGCCUGCAGGUAGCCAGCCUUGAGAAAUGGCAAAA